AAUAAGCUGUUGCAAAUCACAGAAGUUUGUAAUCAGACAAGGAAAUAAUAAUGUUUAAAAAAUACAGUCUUGGUGGAGCCGAUUAUGUUAUUAUUUCUUUAACACUUUUGUUAUCAGCUGGGAUAGGGUUAUGUGCAAGGUAUUUCAAAGGUCAGCAGAUAAUAUCUUCGGAUUAUUUGUUGGCAGGAAAAAAUAUGCCAAAAUUUCCUGUCAUCUUUUCUAUCAUUGUUACUCUUACAUCCACGUCUUCCUUUCUUUCCGCGCCAGCUGAAGUUUACAAAUAUGGUAUUGCUUUUUCUAUCCAUAUUUUUAUGAUACCCAUAGGAAUGCUUAUAUCAUCAAGCGUUAUUAUACCAGUGUAUUUCCAAUGUGAAGUGUCAAGCAUAACUGAGUACCUUGAAAUGCGAUAUGGACGAAUUAUUAGAUAUCUGGUGUCUGUUAUGUUUCUUCUGCAGAUGGUAUUCUACAUGUCCAUAUCGCUUUAUGGAGCAGUUUUGGCCUUAAGUGCUACCACUGAUUUGUCUUUUGAAGCUUCCAUUGUGUCCUUGGGGGCUGUUUGUGCCUUUUAUUGUUCCUUGGGUGGACUUAAAGCUGUUUUGUGGACGGAUUGUUUUCAAGCUAUUUUAAUGAUAACUUGUUUAUUAGCAAUAUACAUAAAAGGCAUCAGUGAUGCAGGUGGUAUUUUUGAACUCUUUCAAAAAGCUUCAAGUGGAAAGAGACUGGACUUAUUCGAGCUCAUGCCAGAUAUAACCAGGAGGUAUGGAUUUUGGGCAUGCGCAACUCAAGGAAUAUUAGUAGGAGUGUCUUUUUUUGGAACUAACCAAGUUGAAGUACAAAGAUUACUCAGUCUCAGUACCAUUAAAAGAGCAAAAUCAACUCUUCGAAUGAGUAGUUUCCCAGUGUGUCUCAUGUACACAACGUGCUGUUUCUUAGGACUUGUGUUAUAUGGUGUUUAUUAUAACUGUGAUCCAAUCUUAAAUAAAGAGAGAACAGGAUUAACAAAAUAUGAUCAAAUUGUCCCGGCUUACAUUGCAACAAGAUUUAGUUCUUAUCCGGGAUUGACAGGUUUAUGCAUAGCUGGUAUCUUCAGUGCUUCUCUGAGUACUAUAUCCUCGUGUCUAAACUCUGCCUCAACAGUUACAGUCAUAGAUUAUCUAAUACCAUUCUUCGGAAAGGACAACAUUUCUGAUUUUAAAAUCAUUUUGCUGGCAAAAAUUGUGUCUAUUAUCUAUGGUGGACUAUGCAUUGGUUUGAGCUUUGCUUUUCUACAAUCACGCAGUAUUCACCAUUUGACUCAAGUAUUUAUUGCCUUACCUCAGGGUAUUAUUUGUGCUGUUUUUCUGUUUGGAAUGCUGACAAGAAAAGCUGGUGAUAAAUGUAUUUCUUUUGGUGCUGUUGUGACUUAUAUAAUAAUGACCUGGAUAGCACUAAGUACUCUUUAUACAGGAUAUGUCCAACCUUCAUUACCUUUAAACAACAGCAAGUGUCCUUCAUCACAAAAUGAAACAAUGUCUGAAAGUAUUUUUAAUGUAUCCUCAUCAAUAUUACCAUCAUCAAAUACUGAAAAGAAUCCUUUUGUACUGUACAAAAUGACAUUUAUGUGGUAUUCUUUUAUUGGAUUCCUUCUGAAUAUUUUACUCACAACUUUUGCUGUCUUAAUUACUGGUGGUUGGAAGAAGAACGUAAUACCUGCCGGUUCUAAAUACUUAAGCCCAGUUACACGAUUCUGGAUGGACAAAAAUGAUGACUCUAAUCUGGAAUUAAAAUAGAACUUUUCACUAACACAAGGUGUAUAUUUGCAGAGAAAGAUCCCGUUAUUAUGGUCCUCAAUACAUUUCCAAUUCAAAUUAACUUAGAAUCGAAAGUCUUUUGAUUGCAUUCUAAAGAGGUACUUUUUAAUAAAAAAAAGUAUUUUCAUGUAUAAUAAAACUGUUAGAGAAUGA